AUGUCAACGAGCAGUACCAGUGUGACAACAUCUACGGCAUUUUACACUCACGAACAAACUGUUGCAGCGGCCUUAGUAUUAUCCUCAUUGUGUGGUAAUACCUCAACGAUAACAACAACAAACACCACCGGUAAUAAAAUACCCUCACUGCCAGGCAUCGUUACAUCAUCAGCAGCUGCAAGUGGGAUUGCAUUUCCAACAGUUGCAGCAUCAUCAUUGUCGACGGCAGCAGGUUCAAGGACAACAACAACUACCACACCACUACCGUUAUGCAAGGAUAAUUUGAAUUUUAGUAAUUUAUCAACACUGCCUUUAUUUCUAACACCUCAACCGCCAUCCAGUAUGAACAAUAACAACAACAACAAUAAUCCAUUACUUGGUGUAAAUAUAAAAUCAUCACUAUUGCAAGCCUCAUCCUUGUCCUCCUCCCUACCACCUGGAUUUUUAGCACAGAAUCCAUUCCUAUUACCCUCACUUACCAACACCACCACAAGCACACCAACAUCAGCAUCGUCGUCGUCAUCUACAAAUGAAUCAUCACUUAAAUACGAACGUAAUAUAAGAUCAGCAUCAUCCUCUUCGUCCUCCUCAUCCGGAAGUCGUCGUCAAUCACACCACCACCAACACAUAAAGAAAUAA